GGCGGGCGUCGGAGGCAGCGGGGAGUGGAGCGGAGCUGCCGGGGCCUCCCUAGGGCCGCAGCGGCAGCAGUUGGGCCCCCCGCCCCAGCCGGCGGCCCGCAGAGCGCAGGAAGGGGGCCGGGGGGACCCGCCCCCGGCCGGCCACAGUCAUGAACUCCAAUGUGGAGAACCUGCCCCCCCACAUCAUUCGCCUGGUGUAUAAGGAGGUGACCACGCUGACUGCUGACCCGCCUGAUGGCAUCAAGGUGUUCCCCAACGAGGAAGACCUCACUGACCUGCAGGUCACCAUCGAGGGCCCUGAGGGGACCCCUUACGCCGGAGGCCUGUUCCGCAUGAAGCUCCUGCUGGGGAAGGACUUUCCCGCCUCCCCGCCCAAGGGCUACUUCCUGACCAAGAUUUUCCACCCCAACGUGGGCGCCAACGGUGAGAUCUGCGUCAACGUGCUCAAAAGGGACUGGACAGCGGAGCUGGGCAUCCGGCAUGUGCUGCUGACCAUCAAGUGCCUGCUGAUCCACCCUAACCCCGAGUCUGCCCUCAACGAGGAGGCUGGCCGCCUGCUCCUGGAGAACUACGAGGAGUACGCCGCCCGAGCCCGCCUGCUCACGGAGAUCCACGGGGGCGCCAGCGGGCCCAGCAGCGCAGAGGCUGGCCGGGCCCCGGGUGCGGGCGCAGCCCCCUCUGCUGACCCCCUGGCUCCCGGGGGUCCUGGAGGAGCCGAUGGCCCCAUGGCCAAGAAGCACGCGGGUGAGCGGGACAAGAAGCUGGCAGCCAAGAAAAAGACGGACAAGAAGCGGGCGCUGCGGCGGCUGUAGUGGCUCUUCUCCAGCCCUCCCCACCUCCCCCUUCCCGACACUGACCCCCAACUCUGUCUCUAAGUUAUUUAAAUUAUGGCUGGGGUGGGGGAGGGUGUGGGGGCACCGGGACCUGGAUUUGUUUUUCUAAAUAAAGUUGGAAAAGCAGCUGCUGUGCCUCACAGACACCCCAGGACCACGGCCUCAGCCACACGGGUCCCCCUGUUAAGUCCCCAUGUAGGGCUGCAGCUCGCUCAUCCUGUGGCAGUGGGGGAGGACCCCAAUUUCCUGUCUAAAGCGGGGGGGGGCCGGGCCUGUUCUUGAUAGUUGUUGUCUUCGUUCCUGAGGUAGGUGUGCGGCAGUGUCCCUUUCUUCCCGAGACAGUCAGGUGACAGGUGGGGGGGAAGCUGCUGGCUUCUCCACACCUGAUUCAGCUCAGGGCAACAAAGCCUGUUCCCCAAAUCCUAGGCCUAAAACGAUGCCCAUCCACCUGUCUCCGUUGGUCUGCAGCCCGGGUGCGGUGAGCUGGCCACUGUCCUCUGGUUUCACAGUUGAAGGCCUCUGCCCCGUCCUCGUUCCUAUCUCCAGUCUCCAGUCCCGGCAAGGGAUCCCUCCUGGUGGGUUUUAGCUAUCCUCAGGCUUGUAGGACCCGGUCACCCAGAGGCUGUCCUCAGCUCUUGGAAGCUCAAGUGCCCCACCUAAGGGCCAGGUCCUUCUGAAGGGCUCAGCUGAUGGGCAGAAGCCUCCCAGGUGCUCCUGCUUAAUUCCAGGUGACUGACCUAAUCCUAGAAACCAGUCUGUCAAAUUGACAGAUUCUGCCCCACCACUCCAGGGGAGGGGGGUGGUGCAGGAGGACCUGGGGCAGGUUAGCCUCCUGUACACAGGCAGCUUUUACUGGCCUGGCCCUCUGGACUGCAGGCUGGUGGUCCUGGUCUCAGACUGAUGGGUGGGGCAGAGGUAAAGGCUGUAAAGCCCGAGUGGUGGGAGGGUGGGAGGGACCUCGAAGGCAGAGGCCCGGCAGCCAGCUGGCUUCAAAUUGGCUUAUUGUCCAUUAACAAAAUUUGUGGUCCCCUGUCAAAAAAUGAUCAUAAAAAGAGAAAGGGAAACAUGUCUACAUAAAGACUUGUACAUGAACUUUCAGAGUUGCUCCCUUUCUGAUGGACAAAAAGUGGAAAUAAUCCAAAGGUUUAACAGAUGGACUAAAAUUGUGAGUUCAUAGAAUGGAAUACUACUCAGCAAAAUACUGAUACAAAAAC